CUGUUGUUUAAUGUAUCAUUGUUUUUUAAUCAGGCAAUGCCACGUCCCCUACAGGGUCCUACAUGGUCCUUCUCUGUCACAGUGUGAAAUAUGUUGCUAAAGUCAAAGCUAACUAAUGUUUUGUUUUUUAAAUCGAGUAUUAAACAUCUUUAUCGACAGUGAUGUAUAAUAGCUUUUAUAAGACCCCGGGUGGCUCCCAGUGUACAUACACCAAACUAAAAGCAGGGGGUCAAGCCAAGGAUUGGAAACCUGCGGGGGGUCAGGCUUGUGGUCCCGCGAUGGAGGAGAAGGCUGAGCGGACCCAGACUACCCACUACAUGGAGCUGGGCAGCUACCAGUACUGGCCAGUCCUGGUUCCCCGGGGGAUACGCCUGUACACCUACGAGCAGAUCCCCGCGUUCCUCCGGGAGAACCCCUACAUCACAGAUGGGUACCGGGCAUACCUGCCAUCCAGACUCUGCAUCAAGAGCCUCUUCAUCCUGUCCAAUGAGACGGUGAACAUGUGGAGCCACCUGCUGGGCUUCCUGCUCUUCUUCCUGCUGGGGGCCUACAACAUGGCUGCCGUGCUGCCGGCUAUCGGAGCGUCCAGGGAAGACUUCGUCAUCUACUGCAUCUGCAUCUUUUGCUUCCAGCUGUGUAUGCUAUGCUCGGUUGGCUACCACGUGUUCUGCUGUCAUCGCUCGGAGAAGACGAGCCGCCGCUGGAUGGCAUUGGACUACGCCGGCUUGUCCAUCGGCAUUCUGGGAUGCUACGUCCCGGGAGUCUUCUACGCUUUCUAUUGCAAUAACUACUGGCGUCAGGUGUACCUGCUGGCGGUCCUCGCCCUCAUGCUGGCCGUGUUCUUCGCCCAGAUCCACCCUCUGUACCUCAGUCAGCCCUGGAGGAAGCUCCGCUCCCUCAUAGUCUGCUCUCUGGCCGCGUACGGCCUCUUACCCACAAUGCACUGGGUCUGGAUCAGUGGAGGCUUCUCCUCUGAGCCCACACAGCUCUUCCUGCCCCGGGUUCUAGGGAUGUACCUACUGGCUGCUCUGGCAUUUCUCUUCUACGUCUCAAAAGUUCCUGAACGCUACUUCCCAGGCCAGCUGAACUACCUGGGCUCCAGCCACCAGGUGUGGCACCUCCUGCUGGUCCUGAUGUUUUACUGGUGGCACCAGACCUGCAACCUCAUCAUGGCCUACAGACACAGCCAGCCCUGCCCCGGAGCCCCCCAACAGGCCUAGUAGGGUCCUGCCCUGAGCCCCCCAGCAGGCCUAAUAGGGUCCUGCCCUGAGCCCCAAAACAGGCCUAGUAGGGUCCUGCCUGAGCCCCCCAGCAGGCCCAGUAGGGUCCUGCCUGAGCCCCCCAGCAGGCCUAGUAGGGUCCUGCCCUGAGCCCCAAAACAGGUCUAGAAUAUUCUGGGUUGGACUGGACUAGACCCAGGACAGUCUGAUUUAUAAGAUGGAAUAGUAUAAAUUCAGAUUAUACUGAUAAUACUGUCUGUUCCUGGCCUAACAUGAUUUUAGACAAGCAAAUCAACGUAGCUCAGCUGCCAAGCCACCAAGUAUUAUUGAUUUGUGCUGAUAAGAACCCUGUGUGUUAUGAUAAUGGUUCGUUUUUAUAAAGUGCCUACUUGUAGCACUUUGAGUCACUCCUGAUCCUGCUAUUGGCCAUCAGUUGGGACCUUGACAAACAGAUCUUGGGUCCAACCGAGGCCCCUUGGAGAGGGCGUUGUAAUGUUAGGACGUUACUCCAUGAAUGUAGUGGUCUGACCCUGGAGCGUCUCCAUCUCAACCAUGUGUUGGGACGCUCGAGUCCAAUAACUGGAGAAUAAAGCACUUUCUUUUUUUAUUUCAAAUGGUAUCCAAUGUGAGGGAUUUUUCAGAGCAUACUCUCCCCCCCCCACCCCCACCCCCACGCGCUGCCAGCCACCGCCCCCGUACACACUACACUUCUGUUCCAAGGCGUUGCAGGCGGCGCUUGGGAUUCAACAAGUUUUUAUCCAACAGUCGUAGGGCGACGGGCACGUCCUGUGGGCUUUGGGUGCAUGGCAGCGAGUGACCCCGCGCCCCACAUGACGGCUGUGUGCAAUCAAGCUUUAUUCACAUAUUCAUUAUUUAAAUUGUCUAAAGGUAUUCAUGUUCAUUUCAUUUCGAUUUUUUGUCUGAUGGUCGCGCUGAGGUCCUCAAAACUUCCAGGGGUCAGCAUUAAAUGACCGUCAUAUGUAUCCAUAAGAUAAUUAUAUGAUACAUAUGCAGCCAGAGGGUUUGAAAAGAAUACAAAGGUUAUUUUUGAGAUAAUCGUGAAUGAUCAGUGGUCGAUAUAUCCAAAAGCAAAUCUUUUUCCCUCUUUUAAACUGGUUUUAGUUUUAAAUGUUAUUUAAAUAGUGUACAAUGUUAUCUAAAUGGUUGACUGUACUGUGUUGCAUUGUGAGUUUGUUUAGCUGUAGUGUCUUGCACCUCCGGAACAAUCUUCUAAUAAAAGAGACAUCGAAACAAAAACAA